AUGUGUGUCUGCUGGCUGUUGAAGCGUCUCAGUCGAAUGCUUCGAGGGCAAACCCUGAGGCGUCUGGCGUUUCCUCUCACUCUCCUAAUAGUAGCAGUCUCUCUUGGACUGUAUCUUCUGCUCGCAUAUUCCCUGGCCAACGAUCCUCGUCUCGUUCCGAUCGCAUUCCAGGAAGCCAAGAGUAUCCUUCUAGUGACCGCACACCCCGACGAUGAGACGCUUUUCUUUAGUCCGACGAUUACCUAUCGCCGAACGGACCCGGAUGUGAAGCGAUCAUUAUUGGUUAUAUCUUCGGGCAAUUACGAUGGGCUGGGAGACAAGCGACAAAGUGAGCUUCACAGUAGCUGUGAGCAGCUAGACAUCGCCCAGGAUCGAUGUGUUGUGUUAGAUGUUGCCGAACUCCAAGAUAAUCCCAAGCAAUGGUGGGACGAGGAUAUGGUUAAGGACCUCGUUUCUUCCUAUAAAGAAAAGUGGCAUGUUGACCUAAUAAUCACAUUUGACAACGGCGGUAUAUCCGGCCAUAUCAACCACCGAUCGGUCAGCGCCGGUGUGCGCAAAUAUGUGCAAUCCACACCAGAUGCGCCCGUCGCAUACAUGCUACAAAGUACGCCACUUCUACGGAAGUACUCCUCGCUCCUCGACCUAAUCCCCACUUCGAUCCCUUUCACCUGGCGCAUCCUGAAAGCACUCCUUACCACGCCACUCGGUAGACGGAUUGACGAUCACACGGUACACGACGUCGUUCCUUUGGCUGCGUACAAUGACAAAGCGAUUAUUGUUAGCUCAUGGCAUACAUAUCGAGUCUCACGAGCGGCAUUCAGUCAGCACGACAGCCAGUAUUCCUGGGACCGUGGGCUAUACCUGGUGGUCAGCCGGUAUAUGUGGUUCAACACGUUGGAAAGACUAGUCUAG